GCACGUGAUUUCUGCAAUAUAUUAAGCUGUUAGACGAUUGUAGGAUAUCACCAAGUCGUUUGUCCUCUACUGGUCCGGUCGAGCCACUGUCUAGAAGCUGUAGGAAGGGCACUUAAGGUUUCAGUAUUGGGAGCAAUGUUUGGGAGCCUGCUAUUCACUGUACUGUGUGGGGCAGCAGUGGCCCUCAUUGACCCAGAUCUGGACCUGCACUGGGAGAUGUGGAAGGAAGGGCAUAACAAAAUCUAUCUGUUUAAGGCUGAAGAACAGGCACGGCGGCAAAUUUGGGAGAAGAACCUGGAGUUGAUCACUCUGCAUAAUUUGGAGGCAUCCAUGGGAAUGCAUACUUAUGAUCUGGGCAUGAACCACCUGGGCGACUUGACCUCUGAAGAGAUUCUUGGUUCGUUGGCUCUGACUCGUGUGCCUCUGGACUUCAACAGGGGCCCUUCUCCCUUUGUGGGGGCCUCCAGGGCCCCUCUACCUCACACUGUUGAUUGGAGAAGAAAGGGCUUGGUCACUGAAGUGAAGAAUCAGGGGCACUGUGGCUCCUGUUGGGCCUUCAGUGCUGCAGGUGCCCUGGAGGGCCAGCUGAUGAAGACUUGGGGAAAGCUUGUAUCCCUCAGCCCUCAAAAUCUGGUUGACUGCUCCUACCAUUAUGGCAACAAUGGCUGUCAUGGGGGAUUCAUGACUCAAGCCUUCCAGUAUGUCAUUGAGAACAAGGGCAUUGACUCUGACCUGUCCUACCCUUACACUGGCAUGGAAGGACUAUGCAGAUAUGAUUCCCAACACCGUGCUGCCAACUGCAGCAACUACAGGUUCCUUCCACAAGGUGACGAGGUGGCACUGAAGCGGGCUCUGGCUGUUGUCGGUCCAGUCUCGGUGGCUAUUGAUGCUGGGCAGCCCAAUUUCCACUUCUACAAGAGUGGUGUAUACCGUGACCUUGCCUGUACCCAAAGGGUAAACCAUGGUGUUCUAGCAGUUGGCUAUGGUACCCUUGAUGGAGAGGACUACUGGCUUGUGAAGAACAGCUGGGGAAAACAUUUUGGGGACCAGGGCUACAUCCGCAUGGCACGAAACAAGAGCAACCAGUGUGGCAUUGCCUUGUAUGCCUGCUACCCCAUGAUGUGAACCUGAUGCAAAGGAUUAUGAAUGACUUGACUUGAAACCUUUUAAUGGUUUUUAUUUCAUGGCACCUGUAUUACUGACUUUAAAGAAUAUGGUUUGUAUUAAAAAAAAAGCUUUUUAGAUGUGUACAUAUUAAGACUAAAUAAAUGAUUUUUUUUUUAAA